AUGAACAUAGACAUAAUUGAACCGUCGACUCGGCUCAAGACCCCGUUUGCGCAUGGCACAGGAAGCAAGAUCUCGUCGUUGCUUCAAACGAGCGAGCAAUUGUUCAUUGGGUCGACCAGGGGGGACCUCCUCUUGUACGACUGGAGCUCGUCAGAACAACCAAAACAAGUUGUUUCCGAGCGAGCGUUUUCAAUCAGGAGCACGCAGAAUGCCACCGUCAAGUCGCUGUCCUCGCGGUCGCUACGAUCUUUCCGCUCUUUCCAGGACACGAGACACUUAUUCGGCGAGAACCACGGGUAUGCCUUGCAGAAUACAUUCAAGAAUUUGACGCAGGACAACAGCAGCAUCACCACGAUCAAGCUUCUACCAAUUCGGUUUGGGUCCGUCGAGAAACGGAUAGUGUUGAUUAUCAGCCCUGUUGCUUUGAAAAUUUACGAGAUUGUCGGCAGCCACGUCAACCUCAUCUUCAAUCUCAACGAGCCGCGAUGUACGGCCACGCUAUAUUUGGAGCACGACGAGAAACGACUAUUUUUUGUUGGCGUCAAGCGCAAGGUUUUAGUCUAUCAUAUACGCAACAAGUCGCGGAAUGUCUUGGAGUUCAACAUGACCAAGGAGAUGCAGCUCAAGGAUCGGGUUCGCACUAUCAAUGUCUACAACGAAAACAACAUCAUUGUUGGGGUCGAGAGCGACUACUUUAUGAUCAAUUUGGCGACGCACAAGAUGUCCACGUUUGCCUCCUCCGAUGACGCCGAUAUUUCAAGCCAAGGUGCCUCGUUCAAGUAUUUUGGAUUGUCGGCCACGGGACCGCUGUUGUGGACGCUUGCCACGGGCAAGAAAAGUGGCAGUGGCAGCAGCAGUAGUAGUAGUAGUAUGAUGAUGAUUUUGAUUCGAGACACCACGGUUAUCCAGUUGAACAAGAACAAUGACGACAAGAUCUCGGCGUCACCAGUGAAACUAACCACGGUGCCACUUGUUGUUUUAUUUAUUUCCCCCAUGUACCUCGCAGUUGUGUAUCCGAAACUGAUUGAAAUUUUGGACUUGCACAAGGGCGACUUGAUUCAAAAAUUCCUGCAUUACAUAAACUCGAACCAGAUAUUUGCCCAGGUCGAAGAUGGUGUCUUGAGCGUGGCAUCGGGACUGGACGUAUUCCAGUUUACCAUUGUUGCGCUCCAAAAGCAGAUUGCCCAGUACUUGAACAUCACGGGCAAGGCCCAUAGUGGCAAUGCGCGAGACCCCAGCAACGAUUUGAAGUUGAUUGGGUUGGAAAAGGCCAUCAAUCUUGUGUCUGACUUGGAGCCGUCACCAGAUAACGAGUUGUUCACCAGUGGCAAGUUGAAGCAGUUGAGGUUGCGAGAGUUGUACACCAUCAAGGCGGUCAGUUUGUUUGACUCGUACUCAAAAUACCACGAGUCCUUGGUGGAUAUCGCUUCUGAGUGGUUGAUAUCCUACCAUGAUGUGCUCUCGUUGUUUCCCAACUUCCUCAACGCCGAGCUCUUGUUGUAUCCGAAAACCUACAAGAUUUAUGAGGACGAUAAUAGCAACAAGACGCCGCCUCCUAACAAUAUCGUCAAGAAAGUCACCAAGGAGGAUUUGGAGCUGAAUCCGAUUUCUGAGUCCGAGUAUGAAACCGACGCCACUCGCAAGCCCGCGCCAGUGCCCGUGUCCGUGAAGAACACAGCCAAGCUGCAAAAUAUCAGGCGGUUCAUCAAGGCAGUCAACAAUUUGAUUAUUUAUUUAACCGAACAGAGACGGAUUCUUCUGCUGUUUCAAGACAAGUCCUCGAUCAAUUGGAAAAAUGUCACUCUCGAGCCAAUGGACAUAUAUCCGCCGGUGGAUCACCAGUUGGAUGUAGUGUCGACGACAAUUGACACAUCGUUGUUCCUAUGCUAUUUCUACGUUCGACCCAUGCUUUUGGGCCCACUAUUGCGGCUUCCGAACAAUCGCUGCAAUUCCAAAAUCGUCAAUGAAUGCCUCAUGAGUAAUAUUCAUAAUCACACCCAGCAGAGGCGAUUAAAGCAGCCCAACUAUAUCAAGGAGUUGUUGGAUUUCUACUAUGGACGAACGUUACAUCGCGAAGCAUUGAAAAUGUUGUACGACUUGGCUCAUGAAGAAGAAGAUGUCACGGUGAAGCAUAACAAUGAAGAGGAUAAUCUUUAUGAUGAUUUUGUACGGGGGCCAGGAUUAACCGUGCGAUACUUGCUGAAACUCUCCAACGACAACUUGGACUUGAUUUUGGACUAUGCAGAUUGGGUCAUUGAUGCUGAUGUCGGAAACAGCCGCGCUUUAUUUAUGAAUGACUCCUAUGAAUGUGAAAGUUUGGACAACUCAAUGGUGCUUCAGUAUUUGAACAAGAAAAACGUUGAGUUGGCCAUUGAGUAUCUAGAAUGGCUCUUGUUCAAGAGUGACUUGAUUGAAAAGUUUAAAAAAAGCAAGCAGUUUGGCAGGUACGAAACAAGGCUUUGUUUAUUGUACUUGGAACAAAUCAAAGCGGAUUCAGCUCAGUCACACCAGUACUAUGACAGCUUGAGGGAGCUCUUGUCCUCGAGCGACACUUUUGACCCUUGGCCCGUGCUUCGAGAAAUACCCACGACAGAGGACAAGUUUCUCCGGCUCACCGUUUUUGUAUUCCGGAAAUUGCAAGAACACGAAAAGGCCAUAGAUGUGCUUUACAACCAACUUAAUGACUUGGACGAGGCGAUUGAGUACUGCUUGAACAUUUAUUACCAACCCAAUGGAAUCACGACGGGACGCAGCUUGUUCCAUAAACUUCUCGAGGAUUUGCUCAUCAACUGUUCACGCAACAUUGACGAGAUUUCCAAGUUGCUACAAUCCCAGGGCCACAAGAUGUCCGUCGAAUACGUGGUGAAGCUUAUCCCGGCGUCGUUCCCGCUAGCUAAACUACAGGGGUUUCUCAAGAAUACCGUGGUGGAGUUGAGUAAUAAGAAGAAGGACUCCCAGUUGAACUCUCAGCUUUAUAAAGUUGGAGUGCGCAGGAUGAAAAGAGUGUAG